AUGCUAGAAGGUGCAAAAUUAAUUGGAGCAGGAGCAGCUACCAUUGCUUUAGCGGGAGCUGCUAUAGGUAUUGGAAACGUAUUUAGUUCUUCGAUUCAUUCUGUUGCGCGAAAUCCAUCAUUGGCUAAGCAAUUAUUUGGUUAUGCCAUUUUAGGUUUCGCUUUAACAGAAGCUAUUGCUUUGUUUGCCUUAAUGAUGGCGUUUUUAAUCUUAUUUGUCUUUUAA